AUGGCUUGGGGAAGUUCCAGCAAAUUGCAGAAGGUGAACAUUGUGAGUAACAAUUACUCAAGGUAUGGAACCUCAGUUUACAAUAAAUUAUAUUCAGAUUCUUCAAAUGCUAAGAGAGAGAUCAGCUCAACUCCGCCAUAUAGAUAUGGUACUGUAAGGAGUAAUAAUAAUAGUAGUAGUAGUAGUACUGCCACUACUAGUAGCACUCGCAAGCAUAUUGCAACUUCAAGUACUCCUAUCAAGCAUUUAGAUUCGAAUAAGAGUAAUAAUAACAAUAAUAAUAAUAAUAAUAAUAAUAAUAACAAUACACUUAAUGACGUCGAAACUGAUUCUCAGAAGAAAUCCAAAUCUAAAUCGAAGAUGAGAUCUAAAUAUAAAUCUUUGAUUACAUCAUCUUCAAGAAAGAUUAAGAGUAAACUUAGAGAUUCUUCGUCUGAUUCAUUUUCAAUUUUUUCUUCAAAGUCACAUAAUAGUACAAAGAAAAAUAGACGUAAAUCGAUAUCAUCGUCUAUGAAAAAUGCUGCAGGGGGUUAUUCGGUUGAAUUAUUUCCCGUAGUCUUCUCAGAGAAAUUGGCAGAUAUUAACGAAUUACCAUCUGAAAUCCUGACUCAUAUGAUGUCUGUGGAAGGUGUAUCUACUCAGGAUAUAUUAUCCCUUGCAUUGGUCUCUAGAAAAUUUAACGAAGCUGCUAAUUUAGUAUUAUAUAGUAAACCUGAUUUUACAUCGACUUAUAGAGUAGCACAAUUUGUUACAUCAUUAAGACUACAUCCAGAGAAUGGGAAAUAUGUUCGUUCUUUAGAUUUAUCUAAUUUAAAAAAUGGAAUAAUUUCCAAAAAUGUUAAUGAUAAUAACUCAAGAGAGAAUAGUCCUCCACCGUCACAAAUUGUUGGUCCAGACUACUUUGAUGAUAAUAUUGCAUUUGCUGGCUGGAGAGAUUGGAGGCAUAGAAACGAUGCCCCUGCAUUGAACAGUUAUAUGCUAAAGAGAACAAUUUCUAGAUCAUCUUCAAUAUCUUCCAUGGCAUCUUCUUCAGCUACAUCAGUUGUGACUAAUGGUAACUCAUCAAUAGGUCCUUUGGAUAAUAAUGACAAAUCUCUAGGAUCUCGUGGGAGAACAAGAUCAUCAAGUUCAGUAAGUUCUAUUACAAGUAGUAUUAUGUCUACAUUUCAGAACAAUUCUCAUGUAUCUUUAACCUCGACUACUUCUAAUCCUUCAUCAAGGUCAUCAUCAAGAAAGAGAAGUAAUUCCACUGUUUCAUCCUCAAGACAAAGAGCUAAUUCCGUCAUUUCUUUAAAUGGGACACUUACUCCAACUAUGAAGCAAACAGCUAACGAUAACUCUCUAAAUAAUAACUCUAGUUCAAUGGGAUCUAUCUCAAAAUGGUACAAUAUGAAAUUGAGAUCAAAACAUAGAAGAACUGGCUCUUCUUCUUCCGUAAUUAGAGCUAGACAAGAGCGAACACCACCACCUACAACACUAAUACCUGCUGCAACACCAACAACGACGAUAAUGGAACCUACAUCAUCAAUGGCAUCAACUGCUCCAAAUCAAGAUUUCUCUUCCGCUGGUAAUGGUAUCUUACAAAAGGAGUCUAUUCAAACGUCAUCACAGUGCUCACAAAAUAACAAUCCUUCGAUUUCAUUCAUCCUAGACAAACCUAUAAAAUUACGUCACCCAUAUACCAAUAGAACAUUAUUGAAAUAUGCUCCCUAUCGCGAUCUUCCACUAGGUUAUAUCCUUCAUAUAUUAGACCAUUGUCCAAACUUAGAAGAUGUUAAUUUAUCUAAUAUUGUUCUAUUCAAUGAUUUUAAAGUGAUUAAUCGUACACCAACAAGAAAAGUAAGUUCUUUAUUGUUGCCUGCAGUUAGAGAAUCCGAAAUAGCUUCUUCAGCUGAGGACUCUCUCGAGGUAGUUUAUAUGACCGAUUCAAACAGGAAUAUAGAAACUUACGAUCAAAUAAAUGAUGAUGGUUCAAUUAUCGAACAUAGAAGAAAUUCAAGUGUUACAAUUAAUAGUCUUUGGUAUACCUCAGUUACUUCAAAACCUAACGAUUACCCUAAAGUUAUUGACUCACAAACAAAAAAUAGAGAAGGUAUGAGACGUCACUCGAAGAAUAGAGACCAAUUAAUCAAACUAAAUCCAUCUACUAUAUUUGAAAGUUUAUUGGAUAUUAAUAAAUAUGGUUCUUUGAAAACUCUACGUAUGGAUGGCAGUGUCUGGUGUAGACAAUAUAUGGUAAAAUAUUUUAUCUUAGAUACUUUUUCAAAAAAUGACAAAAAAAGAGACUACGAAGAUAAAUCGUUAUCUUUAAGCUUCUUAAAAUCAGGUAUGAAUAGAAACUUUCCUUGGUCCUGCAAAGGUAAUUUACAUGAUGUGACAACCAUUAUUGUCCUUGAUGAGAUAUUAAAGAUGGAUGAUUUCCAAUUAGAAGAAUUGUAUAGAAUCAAAACAGAAAAAUAUUAUGAAUCUAUGAUGAAGACUCAUGAUCCCUCAAUUCUUGAAACAUCAAAUAUCUUACCAAUAAAAUAUGGUAACACCGAAGAUGAGAUGAAUAACAUUAAUUUUAGAUUGACUGUCAUUAAAUGUGAUCACCCAACUACUUAUAAGAUAUCGAGAGUUACGUCUCAAAAUGUUUCCAUUUGUGUAAGACUCUGCAUGGAUGAAAACUCCAACAGGGUUACAUCACAGAAUGAGCACUUACCAAAGGAUCCAAUUCAAAGAAUUGAUCGUUUGUCCCAUGCAUUAAUUGCAAGAGUGCGUGAAUUAAGAAAUACUGAGUUAAGGAGAAAUAUUGGGGAGAAUAACUACUGCAGAGGUGAUUAA